UGGCUCACGCUAGCACCAUUUCUUUCUAAUAGCAAUAAGAAACCAUUCAGAAUAAUUCCUUUCAUGGACAAACUAAUUAAGACUAUAAAUAAAACAAAAUAAAAUAUAUUCUAGUUAUUAAAUUAAUUGCCUAGGCACGACUGAGUUCAUGUACAGCGCCCCACUCCGGCGCUGAUACUAAACGCAGCGCUAACCGUCAGUGAGGAAGUUCCAGUUAGUUCGUUCACUAGCAGAGGCUAACUCGCUGAAAGGUAAACAAGUCAGCUGAAUGAGAUGAGACCCAAGUCCAGGAUUAAGUAAAGUUUUCUGCAAUGAAGGAAGACAAAGAAAACACUCGACCGAAGGAGAAAAGGGUGGAGAUAAAGUAUGAAGAUGGAGAGAAGACGGAGAAGUCCAAGGAAAAGAAGGAGGCCAUGACAAAGAUUGUGAUCAGACGACUACCACCAAGUCUCACCAAAGAGGAGCUGGAGGAGCAACUGCAACCGCUCCCAGAGGUGGACUAUUUGGAGUUCUUCUCUAACGACACGAGCCUUUACCCUCACCUCUUUGCAAGGGCUUACAUCAACUUCAAAAACCAAGAGGAUAUAGUGCUCUUCAGAGAUCGCUUUGAUGGAUAUGUAUUCAUUGACAACAGAGGUCAGGAGUAUCCUGCCAUUGUGGAGUUUGCACCUUUUCAAAAAACUGCCAAGAAAAGAAGCAAAAAAAAGGAUGCAAAGUGUGGAACAAUUGUCGAAGAUCCAGAUUACAAAAAGUUCCUUGAAUAUUACAACGGGGACGAUGAGAAGCUAACGUCUACACCUGAGACCCUGUUGGAGGAGAUUGAAGCUAAAUCAAAGGAACUCGUUGCAAAAAAAACAACUCCUCUGCUGGACUUCCUGAAGAAUAAACAGAGACUCAGGGAGGAGAAGAAAGAAGAGCGAAGAAGGAGGGAACUCGAGCGCAAACGUCUGCGUGAUGAGGAGCGUCGUAAGUGGAGGGAGGAGGAGAGGAGGAAACGCAAAGAGGCAGAGAAGAUGAAGAAGCUCGAGAAACCGCAGGAGAAGGACAAGGACCAAGCUAAAGACGAGCCAAAGAUAAAGCUCCUGAAGAAGCCAGAGAGAAGAGAUGAAGGUGAACCGGAGAAGCCAAAAGAGAAGUCCAAGAAACCAGAGAAGCCAAAUAGAGAAGACAGAUCUUUGGGAGGUUCUGAUCAUAAGAGACGUCAGAACAUCGAGCACAAGGAGGAUCGAGGAAGGAAAGGGGACGAAGAUGGGCGGAAGGAGUUCAGGGAGCGCGACACGGAUCGAGACAGAGACCGUGACCGAGAGCGGGAGAAGGAGCGUCGGCAGAAAGAGAGGGAACGCCUCAAGCGACAGGAUGAGGAGCGUCGGAGAAGAAGGGAACAACAGGAUGGAGACAACUCCUUCAAGAAGCGGGAGGAGGAGGUUAAAAAAGAUAAAGCCUUGGAGAAGAAGAAGGGUGAAAACAUGCCAGACUCCCCACACACUGAGAAGCCAGAGAAGCCUGCUAAAGACAACAAGAAGGAGGAGGGUGGGAAAAGAGAGCGGCUACGAAAUAAGGACCGGCCUGCUAUUCAGCUGUACCAGCCAGGUGCCAGAAGCCGCAACCGUGCUGCAGGAGGAGGAGGAGGAGGAGGAGCUGAAUCCAACUCCACUGACAGAAAGCCAGAUACCGAGGCUAGGAAAGUGGCUGAGAAAGAAGACGACUGAGCAGAUUUCUACCUGCAGCAUUUUUAAGUUUGGCGAGGAGAGAGAAGACAGGCCUGUGGGGCUCAGAGCAGCAGAGUGGCAUUUCGAGGCCACGUGCAGCACAGCAUCGGGGUCUCCCGGUCUCAGAGGCAGAGGUGUGAUUGUGGAGCCUGUUAGUGCCUAAAUGUGACCCUGUUUAGUUUUAUUUGAUCAAAGAGGUAAACUUUGGAAAGAGUUUGGCUGUAGGGCACAUUAGUGAAGCCAAAGCUUUCUUGGACCACGUAAACUCAAAGUGACCUUACUUCAGUAGAGUUUCUCUGAUGGAAAAUGUGUGGUAGGCGCUGAAAACUUUAGCUUUCAACUUGUGUUUCAUCUAAAACUCACUCAAACUUUCCAAUCAGUCAGUAUUUCUACAUUGCAGAGCUCUACAGCAUAUUUUCUACACUCUUUAAUGAUUUUUCUGUUGUAGCAUUGCCACUUUCAGUUUGAAGUGCACACAUAAAAAUGACACCUUUGGCUCAAUCCCAGCGUCCACGCUCACAAACCUUUGAGUUGUGCUUGUGUUAAAU